AUGCCAAGCAGCCAGACAGCUGCCUGCCUCGCCGCUGCGGCGGCCGCCGGCCUCGUGGCACCCGCUUUCCUCCCGGGCUUUGCGGGCGCAGGUGCGGGCGCAACAGCUGCUCCGCAGCUACGUGGCUCCGCAACUAGCGCAGGCUCCGGUGUGGGCGCCGUUGGGGCCAUUGCUGCCGGCGGAGCUGUAGCAGUAGCUGCGCUCGCCUCAGCACGCCCGGUGCGUGCACGCACGGUGCACAAGGCCGCUUGCAAGGCCGGUCGCCGUGAGCUGGCGGUCGCCUACGAGGACUCAGGCAUCGAUCUCCUUGACAACGGCAAGUUUGCACAGGGCUUGGUGGGUUCCGAGGGUGCCUGGGGGCGCUACGAGUUCGAUCCCCUGGGCUUCUCUUCGAAAACGGAGCAGGUUCCCUGGCUUCGUGAGGCAGAGCUCAAGCACGGCCGCAUCUGUAUGCUCGCCUGGCUCGGCUUGGUGGUCCCGGACUUCGUCCGCUUGCCCGGCGAGAAGUUCUCUUUCGAGGCCGUGCCUGUCUCCAUCGAUGCUCAUGAAGCCUUCCGCGGUGCCACAGGUGUCAAUGCCCAGAUCUUGUUCUGGGUCAGCCUCGUGGAACUCUGCUGCACGAAGAAGGUCUUCGAAUGGAACUCUUUGGAGGUCGCUGGCGACUAUGGUCUUACCAGCUGGUUCCCCAGCGAUGAAGAGGGCCAGAAGAAGAUGCGCUUGGCCGAGCUGAAGAAUGGACGUCUGGCUAUGCUCGCCUUUGCUGGCGCGGUCACCCAAGCUGUCCUGACUCGCCAUCCUUUCCCUUGGCUGUACUGA